AUGGGGGCCCGCGGGUCGCCGCUGCUGGUGGUGCUGCUGGGCGCCGCGUGGCCGCUGCUGCGGGCGACGGAGCCGGCGGACCCCGUGAGCGCCGAGCGGAGCCUGGCGUGGGGCCCCGGGCUGGACGCGGGGCUCACCCUGCCCGUGCGGUACUUCUACAUCCAGGCGGUCAGCGCGGCCGGACACAACUUCUCCCGCUCCCCGCCAGGAAGAACACAGUUUAAAGUGGUAAUUAAAGGACUUUCUCCAAAUGAAGUCACCAGAAUUUACACCCCUCUGCCUUUGGAUAGAAAUGAUGGUACAUUUCUUAUGCGGUAUCGGAUGUAUGGAAGUGUCAUGAAAGGCUUAAAAAUUGAGAUACUUUAUGGUGAUCAGCAUGUAGCUCAAUCUCCUUAUAUUUUGAAAGGACCAGUUUAUCAUGAAUAUUGUGACUGUCCUGAAGAAGACCCUGAGGGCUGGCAGAACAUUAUGUCUUGUCCAUCCCAAGAACCUCAGAUUACAAAAGACUUCAUUUCUUUUCCCACCAUUGACCUUCAGCGAAUGCUUAAGGAAAUCCCAGCAAAAUUCAGUCAAACAAGAGGUGCUAUUGUUCAUUACACUAUUCUAGAUAAUCACAUCUACCGUCGCUCUUUAGGGAAGUAUACAGACUUCAAAAUGUUCUCCGAUGAAAUGUUCCUGUCACUGGCAAGAAAGGUUCGUCUUCCUGAUGUGGAGUUUUAUCUUAAUGUUGGAGACUGGCCAGUUGAGUAUCGGAAAGCUAAUGAUACACCUGGUCCUAUACCUGUCAUUUCAUGGUGUGGCUCUGUGGAUUCAAGAGAUAUAGUCCUUCCAACGUAUGAUGUAACCCACUCAACUCUUGAAACCCUACGUGGAGUCACAAACGAUCUCCUUUCCAUUCAAGGCAAUACAGGUCCAUUCUGGGAGAACAAAACUGAGCGAGCUUUAUUUAGAGGUCGAGACAGCCGGGAAGAACGUCUCCAUCUUGUCAAGUUAUCCAAGGAAAAUCCAGAACUACUAGAUGCUGGAAUAACAGGAUAUUUCUUCUUCAGAGAAAAAGAAAAUGAUCUGGGAAAGGUUCAGCUGAUGGGCUUCUUUGACUUCUUUAAGUACAAAUAUCAAGUGAAUGUAGAUGGCACUGUAGCAGCUUACAGGUUUCCAUACCUCUUGCUGGGUGAUAGUCUAAUAUUGAAGCAAGAUUCCCAAUACUAUGAACACUUUUAUAGUGGAUUAAAACCUUGGAAACAUUAUGUUCCAGUUAAAAGAAACUUAGAGGACUUGCUAGAGAAAAUAAAAUGGGCUAAGGAAAAUGAUGAAGAAGCAAGAAAAAUUGCUAAAGAAGGACAGUUAAUGGCAAGAGAAUUACUUCAGCCUCACAGGUUUUACUGCUACUAUUAUAAAGUGCUCCAGGAAUAUGCCAAACGUCAAGCCAGCAAACCUGAAAUACGGGAUGGAAUGGAACUUGUACCUCAGCCUGAUGACAGAGACUCAGUAUGCAGUUGCCACAGGAAAAAGCCUUUAAGGGAAGAUCUAUAACUGUACUGGAUGGAGAAAAUCACCCACUUAAAAUGCAAGAAUAAGAAUUAAGCUGUGAAAUCUAAGACACUUAUGCACUAGCAAACAUUCUUAGUUAUGUAUUCUUCUUGUAUUUUCAUACCCUUUUUCACACUCGCUCUGAUCUACAACGUUGGUUCCCACAAGUUUGGCUCCAUGACCACCACCAAACAGAUACUGAGCCUGUAAUGGGGAGCAUCUAGGGAAUUUGUUUGAUGUACUGCAUCAUCAGGAAGAACACAGUGCAACUUGUGUUCCAGCAGGGAACUAUUUACCAAAGUUUUGUGAGGAACCUAUCACCACAGAAGAUCUUGUCAUGAGUUAUUCUAAAGGAGCAUUUGUAACAUACUAAAACAGUGUUAUGAUUUCUUCAUAAAGUUUACCUCAAUUUUAGAUGGAUUCUUUUACACAAAACAAUUUUCUAACUAGACAAAAGGAAUAUUUGAUAUUUACAGGUAUCAGAUCUGGUCUUGCUUUGAGAUUAUUUUGUGGUCUAUGACAGGUAACAGAAUAGACAACAUGAUAUAAUACUCAUCAAUUUUAGAGGAAAAUGGAGAGGAGGGGGAGAGACUAGAAUAAUAUGUUUAUAAGCGUCAUGGCUGUGAAUCACCAGAAUUAAAUGCUACUUUAAAGCAGACUGUGUAACUAUCACAAUCACAAUGUUUCUAGUGCCAACUCUGAAGACUUGUUCCCUGCCAGUGACUGUAUCUGUGAAUAUAGACACAGAUCCACAAAAGUACUUGGGAAUUUCAGGCCAGGCGAAGUACUGGUGUCUUAGUUCAACAAUACCAUCUACAGUAUUCUAGACUACUUGAAAUCUGAAAUUUGUUAGCAGAGUUUUAGACUACCUAGGUUUAACUUUUGUGUAGAGCUAUGGAAUGCCACCAUCUUUUUCACUUGGCUUCAGGACUACUUCUUCCUGUGCCUAAGUCCCCUGGGGCAUCUUACUGAUUUUCUGAAUUUGGAUCAUGCCUAACCUUAUACUGAAAUCAGAGAGUAGAUCAGACUUCAUUGUUUGGUUCACACAUAUGAUGAAAAACCCUAUGCUGCGCUUUCUAUGUAAUAGUGUAGGGGUUAGAGUCCACAUUAAGCAAUUGGGAAGCUAAUUGUCCUCCUUGGUUUGAUUUAAGUCAAAUUUUCAAGAGAAUGCCUUAGCUCCAGACUAGACAAGAGGUCUUCAGGUCUUCCACUUAAGUUGUGCAGCCAUGAAACUCACAAUGCAAAAUUCACAGGGUCAGAAGGAGCUGGAAAUACCAUUGCAAUAAAGUGUGCCUUUGGGUGGGACAGAAUUAAAAUCCUAGUCCUGGAUGUGGCUCCAAAUACGUCUGUUGAUUUUUACCCAAGUUUGUCUACUUCAAAAUGCAUAAACAGUCCUGGAAGGAGACACCGAUACCAAGACCAGCGCCCACGCACCCAUUUCUGUCCUUUGCAUUUUCACUGUGGCUAAUGUAGCUGCCUGAGGAGCUUCCAACUCAGCUACACUCAGAUUAUACCUUUCCUGGAUACCAAAUUCUCCCUACCAUUGCUUUGGUGCACAAAGUUUAGUGCUCUAAACCUCAUGCUGGCUUAAUUCAUAGUUCUUCACUGCAAGUUACUCGUGUAAAAUUUCUGCAUUAGAACAGGAAGAAAGGCUAGAUUUUUCUGUAUGCUAAAUAUGAAAAGAACUUCGGGUUUCUAAAGAGGUUAACCCAUCCAUCAUUUAUUACAUUAUGCCAGUUAAGAAAAAAUUCUGUAGUGUGUUGCUCUACCCAUAAUCCUCUUUGUUUUGGUUGUAACACUAAUAUAUAUAGUGGUUGUAUUUUUAUUUAGCAUGACAAUCAGUCCUAGACCUUCAGACUAUAAAGAUGUGUUCAACUGGUCUGACAUAAAAUUUUCUACAUCAAAAUUAUGGAAGAGGGUUCCAUUGCUGAAGCUGACACAACUGAGUAUGGGCUUUUCUUUCCUUUUAUGUGUACAGUAAUUUUUACUGUAUGGUAUGAUCCUAUUUUUGAUAUCGAUUAUACCAUGUGCAUUUUAUAUUCGCCGAUAUUUUUGGAAGUGGUGUGCUCAGCAAAGACAAUUAAGCAUACCAGAUGGUUGAAGCAACAAAGUUUUCUGCAUAUUUCAAACCAAAAGUCCAAAAAUUAUCCAUUUUUAUUUUUAAAAAUGGGAGCGAACAGGGGGAGUCAUGAUGCAUACUUUCUAGUUCUUUGGAAGUAUCUGUGUAGGAAAACUUCCCUGGCUUGAAGUCUUUCAAACCAAAAGAAGAAUCAGAUUAAAUGUAAAUUAUGAAUAUAAAUAAAUGUGAAAUUUCAUCCCUCCUUUCUUCCCUCAUAAAAAAGAGGAAAGAAACUAUUCUAAAUUCUUCUCUACCAAAAAGCUCUUUGCUUUUAUAAUAAGCAUCCCCUCAAAGCAAAAGCUGUUUUGUCACAGAAUGCCUUACAGUUGCUUUUAUAGCUUACAGGCAAGAAAUAUCCUGAAAAAUAUGAAUACGUUCAUCUGACAAAAUUAAAAAAACAGUGUAGACAUAGUGGAACUUUUACUAAAAGUCCAUAGUACUUUGAGAAAAUUUGGUUCAAUUUAUAACUAUAGAUCUUCCAAAGAUAAAAGCCUUUCUUCUUUCCAUUGGUGGUACUACAUGCAAUUUAAAUGAAGAGCAAUCAUAACAAUUGCCCCACAGGGCCAGAAAGGAUGUCAGACCUAUCUGAGUUUGAUGACAGGAUGAUAACCAUUGGCCUAGAGUGUUACAGGAAUUGUUAAAUACUCAGUAAAACCUGUUUGUGCAAGUAAAGUGUAAUACAUACAUUAAAUAGUAUUUUUAGAGUAGAGUCUACUAAAGUAGUUCUAGAACAGCAGCUGUUCAAAGGUAUAAAAAUCUCUUGUUGGUGGUAAUUUUAAAAAACAGUUACCGGGCCACAGUACUGAAUUUUCCUAUAGUAAUUUCAGCUUUUAAAUACAGGGAGUAAAUCUGUCCUGUUUUCAUCAAGAGUUUAUCAGUAAUGACAGAGACAGGUUUAUUUGUUUGAAAUAGUAUUCCCUAAAGCCCAGGGCCAAUGUUUUCAAACGUUGGAAUCUACAUAGAAGGGGUUGGACAGUUGGUCAUGCAGAACUCUUUGCUUAGAGUUCUUUAUUUUUAGAUUCUUUUAACCUAAACAGUAGUUUCCUACUGUGAACACUGCUUUUAUGUUACAUCAUAUAUGUCCUAAUAUAUUUAGGCACCCGCAUUUGGAAAUAUCCAACCUCAGUUUCAUCUUGAAAUGAGAACUAGUAAAUCAUGAUCUGUUGAACAUAAAGGAGAUAAAAAUUCAUAUAUUUUUAGACUGUAUUUCUUGAGAUUUACCUCAAGAUAACCAGUAUACUAGUUUCAUAACAGUAUUAUGCCAGGCCCGCCUUGUAGAUUCAUAAUUAAAAAAACCCUAUAAUCAAAGCUUGUCUGAUGGAAUGUUAGAUUCAAGCGUCCAUCCUGGGAAGCAUACGCCCGACAUUUAUUACAUUAUAAAGUAAAUUAUUUAGUUAGGGAGGAGAGCUGACGGGGAAAACAUACAUCACCUGUUUGAGCACGUUUGAGAAGCUUGCAAAGAAACUGUAAUAAGGAAAAGAAUCAUUAUAUAAACUUAUGAUAUCAACUCCUUUACUACUGCAGUAACUCCUUUACUACUUUUCAAAAGUUUUGUCUGUAAGGGCAAGAUUUUUUAUGAAUAUACUAUUGUUUAGGUUCACAGGAUUUAACCACCAGAAUCUUCUUGCCUCUGAAAAUUUUUACAGCAUUUUAAAGAGGCUAUAGGAGUACUGAUGCUUGAGUUUCGAGUACAGUGCUUAUGUUUUGAGUUGUUAAUAAGAAAAUCUCUACUGCAGAGAGCUGUGGCCCUAAUUUUGUGUUUUGCUGUAAGAUUAAGGGGAAAAUGGCUACGUGCAUGUCUGUUUGAAGUAAUUUUAGACAUCUGUAGGAAUUACCUUUAUCGAGUCCCGUCAUGUGAGCAGUGAUAAACCACAAGUGUAUUAGCAGGAAUGUGGCCAGCAGAUCAGGGCAGAUGUUUCUUCACUUCUGUUUGGUAGUUGUGAGACUGCAACUGGAGUACUGUAUUCAAUUUUGGACUCCUCUGUACAAGAAAUACGUUGAUGGUCCAUGUUGACCAUGGACCACCGAGGUGAUAAAGGGGUUGGGACACAUGGUGUAUGAGGAGAAGCUCAGUGAGCAGCGUUAGGUCAACCUUAAAAAGAGAAGGUAAAGGAAAGAUUACCCUGCUGAACUCCAGAGGGAGGGUGUAGAAAAGAUGAAGCCAGACUUCUCAGAGGUACACAGCAGAAAGCCUACAAACCACAGGCACAAGCUGCAACGUGGCAAAUUCCAGUAAGAUAAGAGAAAAAAAAUCUUACACUGAUAUCCCCAAGGAGAUGAAGCUUGGCUACAUGACCUCCAGAUUCUCAUUAUUCUAUGAACUACAUUUCAGUCAUACAACAAGCAUUUAUGUAGUCACAUAGCAAAAGGAUGAAAACAUGCAGCUCUUCAGUGUCUCCAAGAGGCAGUGUAGCCUUUCUGUGCUGACACUUUUGACUCUGUUGAUGUUUAUGUCUCCUCUGAUAAUAUUGAGAAAGUUUUGCAAAUAUUUGAAUGUUGGAUUAUAAAGCUGUGAAAUUAUAUAUUAAUAUUAUACAUUAUUAUUAUAUAUUACCACAAUAUAUCAUAGUCGUGCAAUACACAGAAGAUCUGACAGAAAUAGAAUGCAUUAAUUUGGCAUUAUAUGCCUGGAUUGAAAGUGCAAGAUCUGCUUGUUCAAGAAGUUGAAUAUACACUUUACAGGAAUGAGACAAUUACAAAAUGUUUUGAGUACAGUUACGAACCAUCAAAGUUAUUAAUUUAAAGCAGUCAGUAGGAAUAUUAAUGUACUUUAUAAGUUAUACAUAAAUAUCAGCAUGCUCUGUAGGCCACUGGUGAGUGAUCAUGACAUAUUCCUAUCCCACUCCCAACUCUAAAAAAAAUCAGUCAGGAUCUGUAGAGUAAGGUUUUAUUUGCUAAAAUAUAAGAUACAGAAGAAUCAAAAAAAAUCAUACCUCUGACAUAACCACUCAAGCAAAAUCCUACAGAGAGGAGAUUUAAUUCAUUCUGGCAAGUGUCCUUAAGAUAGUUUACUUACGCUGUUUGGCAAGAUGAGUUAUUUUAAAAAUGUCAGGAAUGUAUGUUGCUGAUAGAAGCUGCACUUCUGCCAAUAAAUUGUGCUUUCUACUGCCUUAUGAACAAAGGUACUUUAAUGUGGACUAACCCCUGCUGACAAACUCUGUCUUUUCACUCUACAACCAUUCCAUAGUAUUUAGACUUUGGUAUUUCCUCUAUUUCCUGAAAGAUUCACUUGUGUUUGUAAGGUAGUCAACCAUCUCACUGAUCCCAAACUUCCUGCAACUGAAAGUGAAAAGUAGAUGUAAAUUUUAAAUACCUGAUUUGUACUAAAUUAACUUUUGACUCUUUAAAAACCCCAAACAUUUAAAGGUGGUACAGAUCACUUAGAUUAUGACUUCAUAAUAAUCAUAAAUAUUUGGCAAAACUUAAAUGCAAGUACUACAUACUUAAGGUGCAGAAUAAUUCUGAGUAUUUCUUGUGGAAUGGUUUCCAAAUUUUGAUUAGCUGCAGGAAAGCAAGUUUUCUGUGACAAAAUGUUGUCUCAAAUCAAAAUAUUCCCAAGGAUCUAGAAAAACUGUGACUUUUUCCUGACUAUUAAUAAUGCUAUAUGUAUAGUGAAUGAAUACUAUGGCUAUUGCUAUUUACUCUUUUGCAAGAUAAUAUGAUAUAUUUCCCUCAUUACAGUUCCAUUCCAGUCACAGAAACACACACUAGCAAUGGGAUCUUUUAUUUCAAGUUGAGAGACACAGGAAAAUUGGCUUUUCCCUGUAAAACGUGAGCCAAUCAACUCAAAACCAGGCGAUCUGUGCACUGUAAGAUGCCAGUUGGAAUGAGGUCUCCUCUAGGGACAGGUACCAUCAUAUGGUUGUUUAUGAACCAAAUGAAAUCUUCAGGAAGUCCUUCAUGAACACACAGCUCUGAAUCCCAUUCACUAGGAAAUUCAAGUAUUUACUUGAAUCUGAUGAUUGAACUACCUCCAUAUGCAGUAGGUGUUUCCUCCAUUCCAGUCCCAAGUCAGUAUUACUCCAAAGACAAACAGUUCUUCUGCUUAUAAAUUAUCACCUUCAACCUUCUCAAGCACCUAUGGUCCACUAUCAAAUGUGUUUGUUAUAUUAAUUUAAUAUUAAGUUACACCCUGCUUUGAUGGCAUGCAGUAAUGUGUAAUAGUUGUCUAACUGGAUCUGUUAAGUAGGUUACUAGAUGCAGUUGUCAUCAGUUCCUUGGUGGAUUAUCUUGUUAAGGAGGCCAUUAAAAAUCACUUUUGAUGGGGAAUACAAAUUAUAUUUACAUAGAAAGGCCAAACUCUGGUCCCAUUAGAGUAAAUGGCAUUGGAUUUUUUGCUGAGUUCAUUCAAAUUUGUAGCAAAAAAUAAGGUCUUGAAGAUUACCUGGUCCAAUGAAAAAAAAUAAGGGAAAAGCACCUACUAUUCAUAGGCAAAUGAAAAAUUGGCUUGAAUAUCUUUGGGUUUAAGGCACAGUACAUUUAAGGCUAGCUAAGCAGUUUCCUAUUUCUAGGAACCUGAUAUCUUAACAAUUUGUCCCCCAAAUCAAUUCUCUUGAAUGCCUUCAUCAUUGGUCAAGACUAGCUAAAAACCUAAAGCAAGUAAGAAAUUAUGCAAAACUGGAAGAGUUAUGGAGAAGAAAUGUUUAUUUCUUACCAGUUCGCUCUAUUUCUUGUGGUUACACUAUCAAGCACAAUUUUAACAACUUAUGCCCAGAUAUGAAGAGUCUAAUAAAUGUGGCUGACAAACUGUGAUUUUCAGGGCAACAGAAGCAACAUCAACUCCCACUGAACUCAUAAAAUUGGCCCUUGAAAAUUACAUCAUAUCAAAUUGUAGUCUCCUAAUUGCUUCUGGUUUGUUCCAAAGGAAUUCUCAGUUCUAUUGAAAAAGAGAAAACUGAUAAUGAUACUAAUAAUGAUACUGUUAAUGAUACUGGUCACUUAUGUAACCCAGUGCAAUAAGUAAGAAUAAAUCCAGACAUUUUCUGUGUCUUCUUGCUUGAAA